AUGGCGACCCCCUGGCAAGACGGAUAUGGCGAGCGAAGCGAGCCUGACGGCUAUGAGGACGAUUUCUAUGAAUCGUAUGGAAUAAAGGUGUUGCCAAGUUUUCUGGAAUUCACAGCUGUUUUCGACGGUGAGAAGUUCAGUAAAGAAGUGGUCAUCAGAAAUAUUAGUAAAAAGAGUGUUGAAAUCUACCUGAAGCAACCGAUUUCCAUUGCUUUCCAAAUAAUUGAUAAUGGCACCAAAAUUUCCCUGGCCCCUGGGUUAUCAGUCAAAAGAACAGUGGUUUUCCAAUACAGGCCUGAUACUCUGUUGUCCAGUUUUUUCACUAUCAGAAUAAAAGAUGCGCUCAUUGAAAUUCCAAUAUUCUUUAAACGAGUCCACACAAAGUUCUCGGUCACUCCGGCGAAUCUAGACUUCGGAAAAGUGGACGUCGGAUCUCCAUUGGUCAGCAAAAAUGUCAAAAUGGAAAAUCUAGCAGCCGUCGCUGCCCAAUACAAAGUUGUAAUUGGUCCCAAUGAGAAUCACAUACAAGUGAUACCAUCCAAGGGCUUCAUUCGACCCAAUGAGACGCAUAUGCUAAGGGUGCAGUUUUAUCCAACCGUCCCCGGACAAAUUUAUCAUGUCAUAAGUGUGAUGCCCUCCUCUGCUAAGUCACAAGGGGAUUGGAGACAGAAGCACGACAUAUUCUGCACGAUUACGCUGGAAGCAGAUAUUAUAAAGCCGUCUCUGGUUGCCAUCCACCCCAACACAACGGGCGAGUUCACACUGUGCGACUUUCCGCUGACAUUCUCGUCCACCACACGCUACGACACAGUCGCCGUUUGUAACACCUCUGCGCAGUAUGCCACAUUCGUGGUGCUCGGCGAGAUGAUGAACACCCUUUUUCAGUCGUUCAGCACAUCUCCACAGCUGCAGUUGUGGUUCACAAGCCGGCAGUCACCUCCGCACGUCGCCACUCGCUUCAUCAUCAGUUGUCGCAUCUACUUCGAACAGUCAUUGAAUUCAACUGUAGAGUCAUCUGCUAGUCGCCAAUCCAUCCGCUG